CCCGGCAGCCCGUGCGGCCGUGCGGAGCGGGCCGGGCCGGGCCAUGGAGGGCCCCGGCGAGAGCGGCUCCGUGCGCGGAGAGCUCGCGCUGUGGGCGGCCCGCACGCCGCUGCACGAGGCCGCGCGGCGCGGCGAGGCGCGGCAGCUGCGGCGCCUGAUCGAGAGCGGCGCGUGCGUCAACGCGCUCACCUUCGACUCCAUCACGCCCCUGCACGAGGCCAGCCUGCGCGGGCAGGCCCAGUGCGUGCAGCUGCUGCUGGACGCGGGCGCGCAGGUGGACGCGCGGAACAUCGACGGCAGCACGCCGCUGUGCGACGCCUGCGCCUCGGGCAGCGUGGAGUGCGCGCGGCUGCUGCUCGCGCGCGGCGCCAGCGUCAACCCGCCGCUCUUCACCGCCUCGCCCCUGCACGAGGCCUGCAUGAACGGCAGCCCCGAGUGCGUGCGGCUGCUGAUCGAGCUGGGUGCCAACCUGGAGGCGCACGACUGCCACUUCGGCACGCCGCUGCACGUGGCCUGCGCGCGCCAGCACCUGGACUGCGCCAAGCUGCUGCUGCAGGCGGGAGCCAACGUGAACGCGGCCAAGCUGCACGAGACGGCGCUGCACCACGCGGCCAAGGUGAGGAACGUGGACCUGGUGGAGCUGCUGGUGGAGUUUGGGGGCAACAUCUACGCCCGGGACAACCGGGGCAAGAAACCCUCGGACUACACCUGGAGCAGCAGCCCCACGGCCAAGUGCUUCGAGUUCUACGAGAAGACGCCGCUGAGCCUGCUGCAGCUGUGCCGCGUGAGCGUGCGGAGGGCGGCCGGGCGCCGGGGGCUGCGCCAGCUGCCCAAGCUGCAGCUCCCGCCGCGCCUCAUCCAGUACCUGUCCUACGACUGACCCGGCCGGGAGCGCCCGAAUCCCGGGACAGAAACGGGAAUUCCCGGGAAAAACCCCGCAGUUCCCGGGAAAAACCCCGCAGUUCCCGGGAAAACCCCGCAGUUCCCGGGAAAACCCCGCGCGCUCGGAGUUCUCCUUCUCUCCCGCCUCCCCCCCCACAAAAUCCCCGUUUUAAUUUAAUUUCAGGCACUGCUGUAAAUAGGAUUUGUCGGGAAUUCCUCUUUCCUGUGACUUCUCGUGGAAUUUCCCGGGUGGAAUUUUGGCCUCUCCCUGCUUUUCCUGGAUUUCCUCUUUGGGAUCCAGCCGGGGGGGGGAGAAAUGGGAUAAGUGUGGGGUGGGAACCGUUCCAGCUGGGAAUUCCGUGCUCUGGAGCAGCUCUGAUCCCAUUUUGAUCCCAUUUUUCCCAUUUUGAGCCCAUUUUGAUCCCAUUUUUCUCCCAUUUUGAUCCCAUUUUUCCCCUGUUUUUCCCAUUUUUACCCCAUUUUCCCCUGCACAGACCCCUCUGAUCCCAAUUUUCCCGUUUUUAUCCCAUUUUUCCCUUUUGGAUGAUCCAGCCUGGAAUGACCCAGGAUCCCUUUCCCUGCUGGGGGCAAAUUAAUUCCCCUUCACUCAUUCAUUCCCUAAAUUAACGAUUCCCUAAAUUAGCAAUCCCCUAAAUGAAUUCCCUAAGUGAAUUCCCUAAAUUAAUCAGCUCAGGGCUAAUUAGAGGCACCGCAGCUCGUUCUUUUAGGGAAUUUUCAGGGUUUUCCAGGAGCAUCCAGAGGCUCUGGAUCAACACCAGGAAUGAGGAGAGGCCGGGCCGGGAUUGGCUGUGUCCCAUUCCCAAUCCCAAUCCCAAACCCAAACCCAUUCCCAUCCCAUUCCCAUCCCAAUCCCAGUCCCAGUCCCAGUCCCAUCUCAAUCCCAUUCCCAAUCCAGUUCCCAGUCCCAUUCCCAAUCCCAAUCCCAAACCCAUUCCCAUCCUAUUCCCAUUCCUAAUCCCAGUCCCAAUCCCAUUCCCAUCUCAAUCCCAUUCCCAAUCCCAAUCCCAAUCCCAUUCCCAUCCUAUUCCCAUUCCUAAUCCCAGUCCCAAUCCCAUUCCCAAUCCCAUUCCCAUCUCAAUCCCAUUCCCAAUCCAGUUCCCAGUCCCAUUCCCAAUCCCAUUCCUAAUCCCAGUCCCAUUCCCAGUCCCAUCCCAUUCCCAUCUCAAUCCCAUUCCCAAUCCCAUUCCCAAUCCCAUUCCCAAUCCCAUUCCCAAUCCCAUUCCCAAUCCCAUUCCCAAUCCCAUUCCCAAUCCCAUUCCCAAUCCCAUUCCCAAUCCCAUUCCCAGUCCUAAUCCCAUCCCAUUCCCAUUCCCAUCCCAUUCCCAGUCCCAUUCUCAAUCCCAUUCCUAAUCCCAGUCCCAAUCCCAUUCCCAGUCCCAUUCCCAUUUCAAUCCCAUUCCUAUUCCCAUUCCUUUCCCCCAUCCCAAUCCCAUCUCAGUCCCAUUCCCAAUCCCAAUCCCAUUCCCAAUCCUAUUCCCAGUCCCAUUCCCAGUCCCAUUCCCAUCUCAAUCCCAUUCCCAAUCCCAUUCCCAUUCCCAAUCCCAUCCCCAUUCCCAAUCCCAUUCCUUUCCCCAUCCCAAUCCCAUUCCCAAUCCCAUUCCCA